AUGGCGCGGGACGGGGGCGCCUCGCCCGUGGACCCCAGCGACGACGACAUUAUCAAGAUCAUGGUGGCCACGGACAACCACUUGGGCGUGCACGAGAACGACGAGAUUCGGCGCGACGACUCGUUCGAGGCGUUCGAGGAGGUGUUUCAGCGCGCGCUGGAGCUGGGCGCGGACCUGGUGCUGCUGGGCGGAGACAUCUUCCAUGUCAACAAGCCCAGCCAGGCCACGAUGGUCCGCACCAUGAACAUCCUCCGCAAGUACUGCCUCUCGGACCGCCCCGUGCGGUUCCGCGUGGCGAACGAGGCGGACGUCGCGUUCUCGCAGGCCACGGGGGGCAAGGCCAACUUUGCCAGCCCCGACAUCAACGUGGGCCUCCCGGCCUUCACGAUCCACGGCAACCACGACGACCCCGUCGGGCGGGAGGCGACGAGCGCGAUCGACGUGCUCGCCGCGGCGGGCCUGGUGAACUACUUCGGGAAGCAUGCCCUGUCGGGGGAGGUGUACGGCAACCUCAAGCUCGCGCCCGUGGUGCUCGAGAAGGGCGAGACGCGCGUGGCGCUGUACGGCCUGGGGUACAUGCGCGACGAGCGCCUGUGCCGGAUGUUCCGCACCGCGGGGGCCGUCGAGUGGGUCCGGCCCACGUUCGAGCUGGAGGGCGGGCAGGUUGUGCAGCCGCACGACUUCUUCUCGAUCUUCGUGGUGCACCAGAACAGGGCGACGUACGGGGCGAAGAACUACCUGCCGGAGGAGUACCUGCCGGACUUCCUGGACUUCGUCGUGUGGGGCCACGAGCACGAGUGCCUGGUGGAGCCGCAGCGCAUGGGGAACGGUCGCCGCGGCGCCGCGCGGGGCCGCGGGACCAUGGUGAGCCAGCCGGGGUCGUCCGUGGCCACCACGCUGACGGAGGCCGAGGCCAAGGAGAAGAAGAUCAUGAUGCUCGAGAUCUGCCGGGAGUCGUACCGCACGACGUGCUUCCCGCUCGAGGCGGUGCGCCCGUACGUGUUCCAGAGCACGUGCCUGUCGGACGUGCCCGACAUCGACCCCGAGGACCCCGCGACCGUCGAGGCGUACCUCGAGCGGCGCGUCGAGGGCAUGAUCGAGGAGGCGCGCAAGAAGGCGCGCCCCGGCGACGACCGGCUGCCGCUCGUGCGCCUCCGCGUGGACCACGCCGGGUUCCCGACCAUCAACUCGCAGCAGUUCGGGGCGCGCUUCGUGGACCGCGUGGCGAACCCGCAGGACAUCAUGCUGUGGUCCAAGCGCGCCGCGAAGAAGGCGCAGAACGAGGACGCGGCGGAGGGCGGCCGCGAGGGCGACCUGGCGGACCUGGAACACAUAUUGUACGACAUGGACAAGCUGGACGCGAACCAGCUGGACCAGGAGCUGAUGGAGGCGCUGAUCACGCGGCAUAUGAAGCAGCGCCUCGAGGUCCUCCCGGAGAGCGAGCUCACGAACGCGGUGUCCAAGUUCGUGGACAAGCAGGAGACGGGCGCCAUCGACGAGUGCGUCGCGCACGUGCUCGAGCAGACGCGGCGCACCGCCCGCGAGGCGCGAGGCGGUGCGGGCGACGGCGAGGACGCAGACAUGGCCGGAGACGACGCCGUCGCGGAGAUCGUGCAGCAUGCGGUGCAGGCGCGCCUGCAGGCGCCUGCGGGGGCGACAGCGACGGCGACGGAUGGGACGAACGGCGUGCGCGAAGGAGCGGUGCAGGAGGCGGCUCCGGUCGGCUUCGUGAAGCGGAGGCCGCAAGCGGCGCCGGCGGCACCGCGUGGGGCGCAGCGCAAAGCGGCAGGGCGCAGCAAGGCGUCCCGCAGGGCGGCGCUGAGCAGCGACGACGAUGAGGUCGACAGCGACAGCAGCGAGGAACCGCCGGCGCCGCGCACCAACCCGCCGAAGCGAGGGACGCAGCGACAGGGCCGAGCUGCUGCAGCCACAGCAAGGAAAGCGAUCGCCUUGCAAGAUUCGUCGGGCUCGUCGGACGGUGAUGCUAUCAGUGACGAGGACGCGGCACCAGCCCGGGGAGCCGCCGGGCGGAAGAGCAAGAAAGCCGCCGCGCGCGGCGCGUCACCUGCUGACUCCCUGGAACCGUCGCAGGCUUCCGGUCGAUCGAAGCGUGCCCGCGCGCCCAGUGGCGACGGUGCAGCCGCUCGCAAGCAGCGUCGCACGAGCACGGCAAAGCCGCCGAGGGUUCAGGCGGACCCCAUCGUGGUGACGAGCGAUGACAGCGAUGAGGAGCCGGGGCGACGGACCGGCGGGGGUGCGGCGGUCGGGCGCGCCCCGGGGUCGCGACGUCGCCUCCCUGCCAGCCUCACCCAGGGCACCGCACAGAAAGACUUGGGUGCCCUGCGGUGA